AUGGCUUCAUCAAAUAGACACUGGCCAAGCAUGUUCAAAUCAAAGCCCUGCAACUCCACUCACCACCAAAGGCAGCAUGACAUGAACUCUUCUCUCAUGUCCACUGGUUGCCACGGAACUCCUUACACUUCAGUUUCAGGAGGUGAAGAGAGGACUCCUGAUCCAAAGCCCAGAUGGAACCCGAAACCGGAGCAAAUCCGCAUACUGGAAGCCAUAUUCAACUCAGGAAUGGUGAAUCCUCCAAGGGAUGAGAUAAGGAAAAUAAGAGCUCAAUUACAAGAAUAUGGCCAAGUUGGAGAUGCAAAUGUUUUCUAUUGGUUCCAGAACAGAAAAUCAAGAAGCAAACACAAGCACCGUCACCUCCAAAACACAAAGAACCGACAGAAAAACCCUGGAAAUGCUCCUUCUAAUUGUUCGUCAUCGUCUUCGGAUAAAUCUUCUCUAAAUUCAACAGAAAAGCCCUUCUCAGCUGUUUCAAGCUCAACCAAUGUUAUGGAUGUAUCUAACUCCCCAACAGCUUCUGUGAACCAAACAUUUUUCCAAAAUCAAACUGAUUUCUUGACCGAACCCUUCUUUUUCCCGGUCCAACAACCCCCCGGAGGAUCAAAUGCCGUUUUUACACAAGGGUUUUCAUUUCCAGAUGCUUCAGGCGAUCCUGAUCUUAUUGAUCAUACGGUUGGAAAUUGCUCUAGUAUCUUACUCAGCGAUUUGAUGCUGAUGAACCAUGUACCUUCCAAGAAGCCAGAUGAUGAGAAAAUCAAGAUGCAGGAACAGCUAAGUAGCAGUGUACCUACAGCUCCAACUACUAAUACCAUUUUUCCUCCGAGUUUUUCUGUUCCAUCCCCGCCUCAUCACAGUCAAGGUAUAGGUAUAGGCGAAUCAGGAGUUGGAGGUCCCACAAAAUCAACGGUGUAUAUCAAUGAUGUGUGCUUUGAGGUAUCAUCGAUGGUACCCUUCAAUGUCAGAGAUGCCUUUGGUGAUGAUGCAGUGCUUGUACACUCAUCUGGUCAGCCUGUUCUCACCAAUGAAUGGGGUGCGACUCUCCAGCCACUCCACCAUGGCGCUUUUUACUACCUAAUGCGCACGUUUACUCCACCAGUUGACAGAACCAUCGAUUUGGCCUUAGUUUCUACUUCUUGUGAUCAGCCUGCUGUUCCAUUUGAUCUAUAUAACUCUGUUUCGUGCCGUAUUAUGCAGAAUAUAGAUGGAAUGCGUUUUUAA